AUGUCCGGUAGAGGAAAAGGUGGAAAAGGUCUUGGAAAAGGUGGUGCUAAGCGUCACAGAAAAAUCUUGAGAGAUAACAUUCAAGGUAUUACUAAACCAGCUAUCAGAAGAUUGGCUAGAAGAGGUGGUGUUAAACGUAUUUCUGCUUUAAUUUAUGAAGAAGUUAGAGGGGUUUUAAAAUCCUUCUUAGAAAAUGUUAUUAGAGAUGCGGUUACUUACACCGAACACGCUAAAAGAAAGACCGUUACUUCUUUAGAUGUUGUUUAUGCUUUAAAGAGACAAGGUAGAACCUUGUAUGGUUUCGGUGGUUAAAUUUAUUUACGUUUUUAGUUCUAUCUAGUUGUAUAUUAUAAAUAAAAAUUAUUGUGUG